AUUUGUGGCGCACGGAAACACCGACGGGGUUGAGUGGAUUCAGUAGACGUGUCCUCUGCGGAAGUGCAGUUGCAGAAUCAAAAAGCAAAAUCCCUUCCUCACGGGGGAUGGUUUUAGGAUUUACAUUAACGUAAACGGAGCUAUAUCUUCUUACAGUACGCAUUCCUAUUCGGUCAUUAUUGUCAGUGAAAAUGUUGACCAAGUUUGAGACUAAGUCGGCCCGAGUGAAAGGGCUGAGUUUCCACCCGAAACGGCCCUGGAUUCUGACUAGUUUGCACAACGGCGUCAUCCAGCUGUGGGACUAUCGCAUGUGCACCCUCAUCGACAAAUUUGACGAGCAUGAUGGUCCAGUCAGAGGCAUUGACUUUCAUAAGCAGCAGCCACUGUUUGUGUCUGGAGGAGAUGACUACAAGAUCAAGGUGUGGAACUACAAGCUGCGUCGGUGUCUCUUUACUCUUCUUGGACAUCUUGACUACAUUCGUACCACAUUCUUUCAUCACGAGUAUCCCUGGAUCCUGAGUGCCUCAGAUGAUCAAACCAUUCGCAUUUGGAAUUGGCAGUCCAGAACAUGUGUCUGUGUGCUGACGGGGCAUAAUCACUAUGUGAUGUGUGCUCAGUUCCACCCAUCUGAGGACCUGGUGGUGUCGGCUAGCUUGGAUCAGACUGUGCGCGUGUGGGAUAUUUCCGGUCUGAGGAAGAAGAACUUGUCUCCGGGUUCUGUGGACACGGAUGUGCGUGGCAUCUCUGGUGUGGACCUGUUUGGGGGCUCUGAUGCAGUAGUGAAGCACGUUCUGGAGGGUCACGAUCGAGGCGUAAACUGGGCAGCCUUCCAUCCCAGCAUGCCUCUCAUUGUGUCAGGAGCAGAUGACCGCCAGGUCAAGAUCUGGAGGAUGAACGAAUCAAAAGCAUGGGAGUUGGACACCUGUCGAGGGCACUACAACAAUGUUUCCUGUGCGGUGUUCCAUCCUCGUCAGGAGCUCAUCCUGUCCAACUCUGAGGACAAGAGCAUCCGUGUGUGGGAUAUGUCCAAGAGGACAGGCGUCCAGACCUUUCGCAGAGAUCACGACCGUUUCUGGGUGCUGGGGGCUCACCCCAACCUCAACCUGUUUGCUGCUGGCCAUGACAGUGGGAUGCUGGUGUUUAAACUGGAAAGAGAACGUCCAGCUUAUGCUGUGUAUGGUAACAUGCUGUACUAUGUAAAAGAUCGCUUCCUGCGUCAGCUUGACUUCAACAGCAGCAAGGAUACACCCGUCAUGCAGCUGCGCAGUGGAUCCAAAUUCCCAGUGUUCAGCAUGUCCUACAACCCUGCAGAAAAUGCUGUGCUGUUGUGCACUAGAGCUACUAACCUGGAAAACAGCACAUAUGAUCUGUAUUCCAUUCCCAGAGAGAGUGACUCACAGAAUCCUGAUGCUCCAGAGGGAAAGCGUUCCUCUGGACUAACCGCGGUUUGGGUGGCUAGGAACCGAUUUGCUGUACUCGACCGCAUGCACUCAGUAAGUGAAUCAAGCCACACUUAUUUGAAGAACACAGUGCUGCAGUGAUGACAUUUAUGUAGGCCUACCCUGGAAGUUAGCAUCACCCUGGUUCCCUCUGCAAAACCUCAAUUAGAUUUAUUUUUUUAUUUUUUUCUGUUGGCUUAUCACAAAAAAUAAGUUCUGCAACCAACAAAAGUUUGAGUCUUACAUUUAGUUCAUCAUAAUAAACUUUACUAACGAAGACAACUUAAAGCUUAAAUACAGUCUCCAGAAGAUAAAAGCAA